AUGAAACCGGACUUCAUACAUGCACUGCCUUGCGUGUGUUCUCUGCUGCUAGAGCCUGGAGGUCUGGCGUGGCGUGCUGUGGGGCUGACGAUGUGUCUCUUUGCUUGCUGCUGCAGGGCACCGCGCGAAGAGGAUCGCGCUGUGGAGGGUGGUGCUUUGGCUGGGGACGGCAGCAACAAUGGUGGGGGCGGCCGGCGUGCAUCGCAGCCAAUGGGUGCUGGUCCCACCACUGGGCCGCAUGACGAGAACGUCCCUCCGCUGUCCGAAUGGGACAGAUCUCAGGCAUUCAAGCGGGCGAGGAGGGACUCUGACUCAGGGUCGAUCAGCAUUGACAUCUUCGAGGAUGAGGAGCUGCGGAGCCCGUCAGCUGGGAGGAGAAUGCGCAGGGGGCUGGGGAGCAGCGGGGAAAAGAGGAGGGUGCUGCAGCCGCGGGUGGAGGUGGAGGGGAAUCACGAGAGGCACGCAGAGGCUGCACAGGAGAGUGUGCGGGGCGACAUGGGGUCUCGAGGGCAGACCUCUGAAGUUGCAUGUGCUUCAAACACAGGUAGCGCAGGGCCUUCAAAGGCAGAUGGCUCGCCAGACUACUCAUCAGCUGCAGCAGAUAGAGCAGAGCCAGGGAGCGACAGGCAGGGAAGGGAGGGUACAGGGGAAGCGAGAAUGGCCGAAGUUGCAGGGGACGAGAGAGCAGAGGAGGAUGCAGGGACUGGGGGUUGUGAGCAGCGGAGUGCGGCUGGUGAAGAGGAAGGAAGAGGUGGGGAGGCGGAGGGGGGCGAGAGAGGGGCGGGCAAGCGUGGGAGGAGGAAGAGAGGGAGUAAGGGGGAGGAGGAAGUGGAGGGGAGUGGGCUCACCGGGGGGUUGAGUGAGUUGGGUAUGGAAGAGGAGAGGGUGCAGGGGUUCAGGCAGAUGCUGGAACAGCAGAGGGGACAGGCUGUGGCCGCUGGUGGGGCUAGUUCUGGUGCUGGUGGUGGUGGUGGUGCUGGUGCUGGUGGGAGGACGGAGGAGGAUUUUCUCCGCUUUGAUCACACGGUGCAUGCACAGGAUGACCCCACCGUGGUCUGCAAACGCUUCCCCCAGCAUUCCAGGGUACCCACCUUUCCAGCGGGCCCGCCCCAGCAGGUCAACCCCUGGAGCCCAUCCCUGAGGGCGUCUCUCCUCGCUGUCCUUCAGCCUCCUCUCAGUUCCGAGCCUGGCUACCACCGGCACUCAGAGCCGCUGCACGUGCCGGCCAGGCUCAAGGCUCUCAGGGAAGGCAAAGCAGGAGAGCCUGUGGACCUCCGCCUUGGCAGCAGGAGCUACGAGGUGGAUCGGCUGCUCGGGAAGGGCGCGUAUGCGAGGGUGUAUGGAGCCAUGGAGACCCCUGUUGGGGCGGCAGACGCGGCCACAGAGAGCACUGUGGUGUUCCGCACUGUGGCCCUCAAGCUUCACUCCAAGGCAUGCCCUUGGGAGUUCUACAUAUACCGUCAGAUCCAAUUGCGAAUCGACGGCCCACAGCGGCAACUGUUUGGCACGGCGUCUGCUUACCACGAGUUCUCCAAUGCGUCUAUCCUCACAUGCUCCCUUGGCACUAGCGGCACCCUGCAGGACGUGGUGAAUGCGUUCAAGAGGCAAGGCAAGCCGGUGCCGGAGCCGCUGUGCGCCUUCUACACGGCGCAGAUGCUGCGAGCCGUGGAGGCCUUGCACGCUGCUCACAUCCUGCAUGGGGAUAUCAAGCCCGAUAACUUCCUCCUGCGGUUCGGGGCUGACAGUGAGAGUCCCAGGGAGAUGGUUGCUGCAAUCGAGGCCGGUGCACCUUCCACGGGUCUCACCCUUGUGGACUACGGCCGCAGCAUUGACAUGCGGCACUUCCCAGAAGGUUCCUCUUUCGUCUCUGACAGCGGCACGGAGAACUUCCGAUGCCCCGAGAUGGAGGAGGGGCGCCCGUGGACCACGCAGGCCGAUCUCUACGCGGUGUGUGCUACUGCCUACUGCCUGCUGCACGGGCAGUACAUGGAGGUCGAGAGGGUGCCUGCAGGGGAGGGCGGUGCCAGUGGAGCAGCGGAUGUGGACGGUUGUGAUGAUGACGUGGCUGCUAGCUCUGAGGCUGAAAAUGUUUCUUACUAUCGCCCAAGGCUCCACCUCAAGAGGUACUGGAACCAUGACAUGUGGCAUGCGCUGUUCCACACCUACCUCAAUGUGCCUGCGGGGCAGCCUGCCCCUCCUCCAGCCCCAAUUCGCCGCCGGUUUGAGCGGUACUCAGCCGACCAUGCAAGCGAUGUCUCUGUGCUGCUUCGCCGUCUGCGCAACCAGCUGUAG